AUGCUGCGUGGCACUGCGCGACGCAUUGCCGAGGCACUGGCAGCUGCCGAGGCAGCCGCUGCCACCCACGAUGACACCCUCGACAGCUACGAGGAUGAUGCAGUGGCCGAUGCUGCGGCAAAAGCCUAUCACCAGGCAGCCAUGGCCGUAGCUGCAUUAUCCCUCCCUGAACCCCCACCCGCGGAGGCACCGUGCACAGGGGCCUGCGGGGCCCCCCGUGGCGUUUCUCCCGUUCAGUCUUGGCGCAUGCUCGCGUAUCCACGCAUCAAGAGCUGCCGCAGCAGCAGCGAGGGCCUGGACGGCAGCGGCGGAGAAGGUCCUUUUCUGCUGAUGGCUGUGUACACGCGUGCCGAGGAGUUUGCGGUGCGGGAUGCCGUUAGGCGGACGUGGGGCCGCGAGGGUCGUGUGGGGCCGCACAGUUUGAAGCGGGUGUUUGUGGUAAACGCUCCCGGAUCCCCCGUGAUCGCCGCUGCGUUGGACGCGGAAGCCGCUGCCGCAGGUGACCUCCUGCUCCUCUCUCCCGCAGACAGCUACGACACCCUCGUUACGAAGAGCAUAUCCUUGCUGCACUGGUUCGCCAAAGACUGCCCAGAGGCGUCUUUCCUCCUGAAAACGGACGGAGACGUCAUGCUGCAGCAGCGGCGCAAGCUCAUUCUGACGCUGGCGCAGCAGCAACAGCAGGAGUUCCCCGACCACGUCUACGGGGCCCCGCGAAAAGGGACUCACGGGGGCCCCGUGCUCAGGAGCCUCGACAACAAGAACUACCAGCCUGGAGACAUUUACCCGUAUGCCCUGUACCCCUUGUACGCAGCGGGGGGUUUCUACAUCCUGUCUGCUGCCGCUGCUGCCGCCGUCGUCGCAGUGUCCACAGAGGCUCCCGAGGUGUACAACGAAGACGUCUUUGUGGGCCUGUGCCUGCACCGCCUGAGCCUAAGAACGCAGUUUCUGCCGCUAGCCAUCGACUUCUUCACUCCACCCCACCCACUCGAGCUGCUCGGCAUAGCCGACAGUGCCGCUGCGCCUCCCUCCGUAGGCCCCGCAGCCGUGCACGAGGAGGAAGAACGCCUCUUCUGUACUUUGUCACGCCUUGUCGCCGCUCACCCGGUGUCGCUCUUCACGCUUAGCAGAUACUACGCAUGGAGAAACACGCCAGCCCGUGCUGAUGCUGAUGCUGCUGCUGGUGAUGGAAGGCGAACGGGAGCAGAGACAACUGCCUCCAAUGCAAAAACGGCAGCCGGAGCUGCGAGGCUAGUCGAUGGUCCCGGAAGCGAUCGUUGGUCAAAAGGGGCAGAGGCAAGUAGGCACCUGCAUAGCUCUCCUGCGGCACGAGGGGUUGUUGCUGCGAGGAUUCUGGUGCGAGCGGCAACCCCUCGGGGAGCGUCUGUGUCGCCUCCUCCGCGUAAGGCUGCUGCUCGGACUGCGCUUCGGGGAGCGCCAAGAUUCGCUGCAGCAGCUCGUGCUCCGGCAGAGGAGGUCCCGUGA